GCGCAGAGCGGGCGGCGGCGGCGGAGGAGCUGCGCGGCCCAGGGGCCUCUCCGCGCUGCCCGGCCUGCAGGCGCCCCUCGCCAGCGGGGCUCGGCUCGGCGCGGCUCGGCUCGGCUCGGCGCCCGUCAUCGCCUUUUUCAGGGCGGCGCCCGCCAGAGGAAGGGGAAGGAACCGCUGCCGUGCCACUGUCCCGAGGCAAAGCCCACCAUGUCGCGGCCGCUCCCGCUGAACCCCACCUUCCUACCUCCCACCUACGGGGUGCUGAAGUCCCUGCUGGAAAACCCGCUCAAGCUGCCGCUCGCUCACGAAGACGCAUUCGGGAAGGAAAAAGACAAGGAGAAGAAGCUGGACGAUGACAGCAGCAGUACCACAGUCCCUCAGUCAGCUUUCUUGGGCCCAACAUUAUGGGACAAGACACUGCCAUACGACGGAGACACUUUCCAGUUGGAAUACAUGGACCUGGAAGAAUUCCUCUCAGAAAAUGGCAUUCCACCCAGCCCGAACCAGCACGAGCAUAGCCCGCACCAGUCAGGUCUCCAGCAAGCUACCUCAGCAUCACCUUCUGUCAUGGACCUCAGCAGCAGGGCUUCUACUUCAGUCCACCCAGGCAUGGUGACGCAGAACUGCAUGCAGAGCCCGGUCAGACCAGGUCAGAUCUUGCCAGCAAACCGAAACACACCGAGUCCCAUUGAUCCUGAGACUAUCCAGGUUCCUGUUGGCUACGAACCUGACCCUGCAGACCUUGCUCUUUCCAGCAUUCCUGGCCAGGAGAUGUUUGACCCUCGCAAGCGCAAGUUCUCCGAAGAAGAGCUGAAGCCGCAGCCCAUGAUUAAGAAGGCUCGGAAAGUCUUCAUCCCAGAUGACCUGAAGGACGACAAGUACUGGGCGCGGCGCAGAAAGAACAACAUGGCAGCCAAGCGGUCGCGCGACGCGCGGCGCCUGAAGGAGAACCAGAUCGCCAUCCGCGCCUCCUUCCUGGAGAAGGAGAACUCAGCCCUGCGCCAGGAGGUAGCCGACCUGCGCAAGGAGCUGGGCAAGUGCAAGAACGUCCUGGCCAAGUACGAGGCGCGCCACGGGCCCCUGUGAGCGGCGGCAGUGGCCAGGGCAAGGG